AUGUCCACCGUGUCUGCUUCCCUUGUUGCGGGUGACGGGCAGCGUAAGCGCCCACCAAUAGAUCUCACCACAGACGAGGACUUCGACGACGGUAGGGUCCCAUCUCUUGUUUUGCCAGUCCUCCCCCGCUUCCCCGGUCUCGACCGUGCUGCCAUUAUAGCCAUUUUCGAACACACCUUCCGCCCAAAGAAGGACCUCAUAAAACUUCGCAGCCCCGAGUUCAAAGCCACGGCACCAGGUGGCGAUCCCUCCGACUUAAAGUCCACUUCGUCUGGCCUGCAAAUCCGCAAGGUGGUUCCAAUCAAAGACUGGGGAAAAAGCCGCAUCCCUGUGGGCCCACUGCUUCAGUAA